CUCUUACCAAAUUCGCAGCCUUUCUCUCUCUCUGUCUCUCUCACUCUCUGAAAAAUUGAAAUUACCCUAACCCUAAACUUUCUAGUUCUACAGCUAAAGAUUAAAAACAAAAAAUAUAAAAGAGGGGGAAAAAAAAAUCCUUGGUUUUCAGGUCCUUAAAUGCUUUGUCCGUACAGUUCUGCCACGUUGAGCUUCCGAAACCCUAGCUUCGAGGUCGACAAUGGAGGUCUCGAGGGACGACUUCUCGGAGCUAGAGAUUGGGACCUCCGUCGACUCUUUCACCAGGUUCGUCGACUCGCAGAGGGAGCUCUUCCACAAUCAGAUCGAUGACCUCCAGAGAAUCGUCGUCACUCAGUGCAAGCUCACCGGCGUCAAUCCUCUCUCCCAAGAGAUGGCGGCUGGUGCUUUGUCGAUAAAAAUUGGAAAAAGGCCUAGAGAUUUGCUAAAUCCUAAGGCUGUAAAGUAUAUGCAAUCAGUUUUUUCCAUCAAAGAUGCUAUUAGUAAGAAGGAAUCCCGCGAGAUCAGUGCUCUUUUCGGCGUUACAGUCACACAGGUUCGUGAUUUUUUUGCUAGUCAACGUACAAGAGUAAGGAAACUAGUUCGGUUGUCAAGGGAGAAGGCCAUGAGAUCCAGUGCAUGUAAAGAACUAUAUGAUAGUGCCCUAAUAAGCUCUAACCCUAUGAUGCCUAUUGAUCCGGUUCCAUUAAACUCUGUUGGUCCUGCUAGUGUUGAAGAAGCACCAUCCUGCUCGACACAGGAUGAAGCUUUACCUGGCUUAGAUGACGAAGACAAACAUUUUGUUGAAAAUAUAUUUAAUUUCAUGCGGAAAGAAGAAACAUUUUCUGGGCAAGUGAAACUGAUGGAGUGGAUAUUGCAGAUACAAAAUUCAUCAGUAUUAUGUUGGUACUUGUCAAAUAACUUUUUGAGGUUUUUAACUAAAGGUGGUGUUAUGAUUUUAGCAACAUGGUUGAGUCAAGCAGCUAUUGAAGAACAAACAAGUGUUCUUCUUGUAAUUCUUAAGGUUCUUUGUCAUUUGCCUUUGCAUAAAGCUCUUCCUGUACAUAUGUCAGCCAUACUGCAGAGUGUUAACAGGCUGCGGUUUUACAGGACAUCAGACAUAUCAAACAGGGCAAGGGUUUUGUUGUCAAGAUGGAGCAAAUUAUUAGCAAGAAGCCAAGCAAUGAAGAAACCUAAUGGCAUGAAAUCUCCUAGUGAUAUACAAAAUGACAUGAUGCUGAAGCAGAGUAUUGGGGAUAUUAUGGAGGAAGAAUCAUGGCACUCCAAUAUGAAAAUUCCUGAAGACAUUCUUGCUCCUUUGUACGGAAAUUCAGAGAAUUUAAGGAAAUUGGAUCCUCCACAAGCACUGAAACUGUUAACGGCAUCUUCAGAUGAUUCAAAUAGGAAGCAGAUCCUAGGUGUUUCUUCCCAAACCAGAGAACGCAGAAAAGUUCAGUUGGUGGAACAGCCAGGCCAAAAAAUGGCAGGCAGAAGCACACAGGCCACAAGAUCAGCACCUGUGAAUCAAGGGCGUCCAAUGUCUGCUGAUGAUAUCCAAAAGGCAAAGAUGCGUGCUCAAUUUAUGCAGAGUAAGUAUGGGAAAAAUGGUUCUACAAAUGAAAGUAAAGAAUCAAAAACUGAAGGUUUGAACAAACCUUCAACCACUCAGGCCAGCACUUUAAAUCCAGUAUAUAAAGUUCCCGUUCGGCCUAAUAUUGAGGAACAAAAGAAACCUGUCAUCCUCCCGUCUAAAAUUUCUAAUAAGGUGGAAGCUCCUCUUGAUCCAAAGUCGAGAAUGGAUUCAAAGGAGCCCUUAUGGGAGAAGUGCAGGAGGGUUCAAAUCCAAUGGCAGACACCACCAGAAAUAAGACUCAAUGAUCAUUGGAGUGUUGGUGGUGGUGAGAAUAGCAAAGAGGUUGAAGUCCAGAAAAACAGAAACCGCCGUGAGAAAGAAACUAUCUACCAAGCAGUCCAGGAAAUACCAUCUAACCCCAAGGAACCGUGGGACGUUGAAAUGGACUAUGAUGAUACAUUGACCCCUCAGGUACCAAUUGAACAGCCGCCCGAUGCUGACAGUUUGGAAACACAGGUUGCUACUAAUCAAGUUGUAAACAAUGCUGUUUCUUUGGCAACCCCUUCGAGUCAAGUUUCAAGUACAGCCGAACCAGAUUUAGAGUUGCUUGCAGUGCUGCUAAAAAACCCUGAAUUGGUAUUUGCUUUGACUUCUGGCCAUGCUGGCAAUUUAUCAAGUGAAGAAACUGUGAAAUUGCUUGAUAUGAUCAAGGCUGGCGGGGCUGGUUUAGUGGGCAGUUUUAAUAGUGGAAGAGUGGAGGAGAAGGUCGAAGUUUCACUUCCAUCUCCAACUCCUUCGAGCAAUUCUGGAACGAGUGGAUGGAGACCUGAAGUUGCCAAGAAUCCAUUUAUGCAGCCAAGCUCAGUAGCUAACAGAGUUGCCUACACUUCGCCAGGAGUGGCUACCACCAGCUUGAUGCUGCCUCAAGCUACAGAAGCUAAUCUCAUUCCACCCCAACAGUCCUCAUCAAUGGCCCAACAAUUUGCAGCAGCAAUGCAUACUUAUUCACUACCUCAAACAACUGCCAACAUACCUGGAAGGCAAUUGCCUUCUCUGCACCCAGCAAGACCAACACCAGCAUCGGAAAUGGUUUUAACCUCGAGGAAUUCUUCCUCCAUGGGCACUCCCUUGCAUAACUUUUCGACUACAGCUGCACCUUCUGCACUGCAGAUUGAAAGCAUAAGUAAUAUAAAACCAGCACCUGUAUCUGUCACACUGAAUACACCCGGGAGAGCACAUGCUUCCUUCCCGCCACAGCCAACACGGUCACAAACACACUCCCAAUCACUGCAUCGAUCAACCAUUUUGUCUGAGCCUCAGCCACCUGCACCUUUAUACCCUUCUAGGCCACCAAUUGGAAAAAUGGACCCUGUCUCUGAUUCUUGGAGAGCUAGCCAGGGUCUGCCUCCAAAUUAUCAUUCUCAAGCUAAUCAAAAUAACUAUAAUUCAUUGGGUGGAGGAUCUAGGCAGCCUGUGUUGCAGCCGGGUCCUUUUUUGGACAGAAAUGAAUAUGUGGCUCAAGAACAAUAUGAGUCAUGGAGUCCAGAUAAUAGUCCUACUAGAAGUACAGACUACAUGAUGGGAAGGAAUUUCCCGGAACCCAGAAUGAACCCCGGAUGGAAUAAUAGGCCCGACCGGUCUAGACAACGGGGGAACUUUUCUGGAUACCGGGACCAUAAUAGGUAUGGAGACAGAAAAUGGCGUGACAGGAGGCAUUGAGUUUGUACUUAAAUUCCAUCUUGGUCUUAUUAAACUUACCUGACUGGCUAUAUUCUGAUAUAGAGUUGGAUUUGUGAAUAGUGGAGGUGGAGUUGGAAGUUUCAGGCUUGGAAUGGGUUUUGGGAUGAGGACAAUGUUAGAAUGAAGUAGAUUUUGUUUACGCCAUUGCAAUGCAGGGAUCCAAGAUGUUCAUAAUUUAUUGAUUAUUAAAUGGUUAAAGCAUCUAAAGGCCUUCCAACA